AUGUGCGAUAACAGCAACGACAAGAGCCUCUUCACUAAAGCCUUUGAUGCCGCUGGUGGCAUGCUGCAAAGCUUCACACCAAUCAAGCAAAUCCAUCAGCAUGUUUGUGGACUCCACUUCUAUGCCAAUGACAAAAAGAGAUCUGUUGAAGCACACCAUUACUGUACUCAUGUUGGUGAAGACAUGCAUCAGUGUGUCAUUUACGAUUCAGAUUCUCCCAAUGCAAAGUUAAUCGGUAUUGAAUAUAUUAUCACCAAAAAAAAAUUUGACACCCUUCCAGUUGAAGAGAAGAAAUACUGGCAUUCUCAUGUAUAUGAAGUCAAAAGUGGAACUCUGUUCAUGCCAUUCAGUGGGUUGGUUCCCAAAACGGUGCAAGAUAACACAGAGCUCAAGGAAAUGGAGCAUUUGAUAAACACUUACGGCAAAACCUAUCACUUUUGGCAAGUGGAUAGAGGUGAUGAGAUUCCAUUAGGUGAACCUCAGCUUAUGAUGGCCUACACCAAGGAUGGACAAAUACCCGAGGAAAAGACAAAGAGCAUUGAACAGAAAUUUGGCAUUAGCGUAAAAGAAAAGAGAAAACAAAGAGAGGGAAUUGCAUUCGAAGAGCCUGACGUUGCCGCUGAUGUUUAUGCCAAAAUCUAG